GAGGGAGCACAGAGGAACACCUGAUACCUACAUAUUAUGAUGCAGAUGAUUCAGUUGUCGCACCAGAUACUUAUGAAAAACGUGCCAUUAUCCCAGUUGUACACUCAAACCUUCAAAUCAAAAAUCUGCCACCUGAUUCUUUAAAAAAGACUGUUAUGCAGAAUGCAAACCACAGAAGUGCUGGAUCCCAAAGAGCUCAGAAAGGGAAGAAGUCUUAUUCAUGUUCAGAAUGUGGCAAAUGUUUUACUCUGAAAUCAAAUCUUGAGAGCCAUCAGAAAAUUCACACAGGGGAGAAGCCGUAUUCAUGUUCAGAAUGUGGCAAAUGUUUUAAUCAGAAAUCAAAUCUUGAGAGGCAUCAGAUAGUUCACACAGGGGAGAAGCCGUAUUCAUGUUCAGAAUGUGGCAAAUGUUUUACUCGGAAAUCAAAGCUUGAGAGCCAUCAAAGACAUCACACAGGGGAGAAGCUGUAUUCAUGUUCAGAAUGUGGCAAAUGUUUUACUGAGAAAUCAAGUCUUGAGAGGCAUCAGAUAGUUCACACAGGGGAGAAGCCGUAUUCAUGUUCAGAAUGUGGCAAAUGUUUUACUCGAAAAUCACAUCUUGAUAUCCAUCAAAGACAUCACACAGGGGAGAAGCCAUAUUCAUGUUCAGAAUGUGGCAAAUGUUUUUCUCAGAAAUCAAGUCUUAUGAGCCAUCAAAGACAUCACACAGGGGAGAAGCCGUAUUCAUGUUCAGAAUGUGGCAAAUGUUUUACUCUGAAAUCCCAUCUUGAUAUCCAUCAAUUACAUCACACAGGGGAGAAGCCGUAUUCAUGUUCAGAAUGUGGCAAAUGUUUUUCUCAGAAAUCAAGUCUUAAGAGCCAUCAAAGACAUCACACAGGGGAGAAGCCGUAUUCAUGUUCAGAAUGUGGCAAAUGUUUUACUCUCAAAUCACAUCUUGAUAUCCAUCAAAGACAUCACACAGGGGAGAAGCCGUAUUCAUGUUCAGAAUGUGGCAAAUGUUUUAAUCGAAAAUCACAUCUUGAUAUCCAUCAAAGACAUCACACAGGGGAGAAGCCAUAUUCAUGUUCAGAAUGUGGCAAAUGUUUUUCUCAGAAAUCAAGUCUUAAGAGCCAUCAAAGACAUCACACAGGGGAGAAGCCGUAUUCAUGUUCAGAAUGUGGCAAAUGUUUUAAUCGAAAAUCACAUCUUGAUAUCCAUCAAAGACAUCACACAGGGGAGAAGCCAUAUUCAUGUUCAGAAUGUGGCAAAUGUUUUUCUCAUAAAUCAAGUCUUGAUAUUCAUCGAUUACAUCACACAGGGGAGAAGCCGUAUUCAUGUUCAGAAUGUGGCAAAUGUUUUACUCUGAAAUCACAUCUUAAUAUCCACCAAAGACAUCACACAGGGGAGAAGCCAUAUUCAUGUUCAGAAUGUGGUAAACGUUUUGCUGAUAAAACAACUCUUCAUAACCAUCAGAGAAUUCACACAGGGGAGAAGUCGUAUUCAUGUCCAGAAUGUGGAAAAUGUUUUGCUAGGAAAAAUCAUCUUGCUGAGCAUUUAAAAAUUCACACAGGGGAGAGGUCAUUUUCCUGUCCAGAAUGUGGAAAAUGGUUUACUCGGAAAGCAAAUCUUGUUAAUCAUCUGAAAUCUCACACAGAGGAGAAGUGAUAUUAAUGGCCAGAACGUGUUUUACUAAAGAAUGUAAAUUUGAGAAUCAUUAGGGAAGUCACACAGGGGUGCAGCCAUGUUUAUGUUCAGAAUGUGGAAACUGUUUUAUUCAGAAAUAAGCUUUUGUUCAAUAUCAGAGAAUUCAUACAGGGGAGAAGAAGUUCUAACCCCUUCCCAACAUCCUCCAUACAUGUAUGGCGGAUGUCGGGAAUAUAAAGAUGGUGCCCACUCAAGAGUUAAGUAAGUGCCAUAGGCGAAGCAUGCGUGCGGUUUCACACAGCAGCGUCCACAUGAUUGGAGAUAGCUCUGAUCGCUGACAUUCCAUCAGAUGCUAUAGCCAACUGCAACCACAGCAUCUGAGCAAUCAUUUACUGGGAGCGAGCGAGGUGUUACAGCUUGAAGAGCAUAUGAAUUAGAACCAUAGAUAACUUCAUAAAACCAAAUAUAACAAUAGCCACAUGAUGUAUAGUGAAUAAAAGAUAUAACAGAGAAUGGAUUGUAGUUCAAGGCCUUUACCAUAGCUACCAUAAACAAACCAUUAGAGAGAUUGCUUACAUGAUAAUGGAGUAUUUUCUGUUCUUACCUAUAUUAAUGAGUCAUUUGCACACUGGUGUUUGACUACCCGACAACAACAGCCCUUAGUUUCCCUGCUAUGAUAACAUACGAUGUGUGGAGCCCCCCUCUCAUUUUCGUUACACAGAUGUAUCCUCGUGAUAGUGAUAGAGAUGUGAAUAUAAUUUUUGUAUAACUAGAUGAUUUUCUUAUGUAUUUACUUUAAGCUGCUUCUUUCU